UCGACUCUGAAAAUGUGUCUCUUCAAUCAAACACCUUGCAAUUCUUUCCAGCUGUGCAGUUUGAUAUACGCUGGUCUGAAAUUGUUGUAUCUGACGUUAGCUCUAGGUCAGCUGGCAUUCUGUACAGAUUCACAAUGCUACGAUGAACGUACGGUGCCCGUUAUCUUCGUGAUCCUCCUGUUGAUGAUAUUCCCUUCUCUGAUGAUCGCCGGGAUCUUGAAGAAAAACCUCCAAAUGCUUCGCAUUUGCAAGGUGUACAACAUCGUGGAGAAAUCGGUGAUCAUCUUCGUCCAGCUGGUGACGAUCAUAAUGAUGGAGCGUGCCUACGAACUCUACCGUCGACGGCAUUACGUUUCGGACAAGGAAGCCGUCUCGGUUGAAUUUGCCUAUGCACUGAUUGCGAUUGGUAUUCUGAUGACUACACUUUACCUCAUUUUCCGCAACUGGAUGAUCGAUGGAACAAUUGCGUCGGUCAAGGAAGAUCUCUACGUGCUGAACCGGGACAAGUAUGUCAUGCAGUACAACUGUGAGGCAUGAUUUCAUUUUCAUCAUGCUUUUCGUUAUUGUCUUCACGUGACGAUCACGUGAAACUUACUUUGUUAUGUGUGUUUUCUACAAAAUUGGAUUACUCGUUGUUGAAAAAUAAAUAAGAAAGCUAUAAAUUGAA